AAUCCUGGCUCGAAACUAUUUAGGAAACUCUUGGGCGGGACCAGCGGAUCAGCAGCUCCAGACAUGGCGUCUUAGGGGAAAGAGAAGAGUGUUUGUUGCUCCUCUUUGGAGAUGGUUUUGUGUUUAGCAGUGCCUGUGCCCCUGGGCAGGUUGCAGAAAGGAAGGGCGGCUGGAGAAUCGUCAUUUGAGGACCAGAGGAGAAAAGAAGGCGCCACGUUAAUUCUACAAGGUCUCUGGUCCCUGCCUGCCCGGGUGCUCAUGGAACCUGCUGCUGCCCUGCCCUUCUCCCUGCCGGCCUCCCUCCUGCUCCUCCUCCUCAGCCUGUGUGCGCUGGUCUCAGCCCAGUUGACUGUGGUGGGGCCCACUGACCCCAUCUUGGCCAUGGUGGGAGAAAACACGACAUUACGCUGCCAUCUGUCCCCCGAGAAAAAUGCUGAGGACAUGGAGGUGCGGUGGUUCCGGUCUCACUUCUCCCCAGCAGUGUUUGUGUAUAAGGGAAGGAGAGAGAGAACAGAGGAGCAGAUGGAGGAGUACCGAGGAAGAACCACCUUUGUGAGCAAGGACGUCAGCAGGGGUAGCGUGGCCCUGGUCAUACACAACGUCACAGCCCAGGAGAACGGCACCUACCGCUGUUACUUCCAAGAAGGCAGGUCCUCCGAUGAGGCCAUCCUGCGCCUCGUGGUGGCAGGACUGGGCUCUGAGCCCCUGAUUGAAAUGAGGGGCCACGAGGAUGGGGGCAUCCUGGUGGAGUGCAUAUCCAGAGGGUGGUACCCGAAGCCCCUCGUGCUGUGGAGGGACCCCUCCGGCGAGGUCGUGCCUGCCCUGAAGGAGGUCUCCACCCAUGAUGCAGACGGCCUCUUCAUGGUCACCACAGCUGUGAUCAUCAGAGACAGGUCCGUGAGGAACAUGUCCUGCUCUGUCAACAACACCCUGCUCGGCCGGAAGAAAGAAAGUGUCAUUUUUAUUCCAGAAUCCUUCAUGCCCAGCGUGUCUCCCUGUGUGGUGGCCCUGCCUGUCACUCUGCUUGUUCUGAUGAUACCCAUUGCCGUGUGUAUCUACUGGAUCAACAAACUCCAAAGGGAAAAAAGGAUUCUGUUGGGGGAAAAGGAGUUUGAACGCGAAAUGAGAGAAAUUGCUACAAAGGACCUGGAGAAAGAACGUGUGGAAAAAGAGACAGAACUUCAAAUAAAAGAGCAACUUCAGGAAGAACUGAGAUGGAGAAGAACAUUCUUACAUGCUGCAAUUUAUAUCCUGGAGAUGGUGUAGACUGUGCAAAGUCGAAAACCCAUGUGGGGAAGAGGCCACAAGCGUUCUUGUGACAUAGUAAGCCUGACACAAGGGUGUACCAAUUGGUGGCCAGAAAUGCCUUUCUGCUCCUAAGAGAGCACUCAUGCUCUGUGUAUAGCCUGCCAGGGCUCUGUGUAUAGCCUGCCACAGGGAGCCACAGGUGAGUGGGAGCCACAAGUGAAUGGGAGAGCACAGAACCCAGUUGCCUGUUCCCAGUGCACACUUCCCAUCUUGGGAUUCUGCCCCUCUGCCCGUAAGCACCACAGGGUCCCGGCUUUACCAGAUACCAUGGCACAUGGACCUUUCCUCUUUGGGUGAAUUUCAAAAUUCCCACUGUCAACUUGGGACAAAAUAGCAAAUUGUCAUAAACAGACAUAUUAACUUGGGGAAUGGAGGAAAUCGUUUUAACGCAAUAGAAAGAUAGACUGGAUAAGUAAGAAUAAAUGCAGAUGGGAGAGGCCUGCAGAAUGCCUGGAGUCUGGAGCAUUUCUUGCACCGACAGAAGUGAUUCCUGUAGACUGCAGACCCAAGUUGUUGAAGCAAAACUGGAUGGAAAUUGUUUCUCCCAACCUUUGCCCACAGACCCCAGGCAGCAGGUUUUCUUUUGGAGACAUGUAUUCUCCCUCUUUAUUUUUUGAAGGGUGCCCUUGUCAGUCGUUUAAGUCAGUUGUGGUCUGGUAAGAGGAACACAUAGUACCAAUGAAGUACCCUCCAGGCCACUGUGAAGGGAAAGACUCACCUCAGUUCAUCCAUUGAGGAGAGGAGGAGUGGGAUGUAAAGCUUCUGUGCUGGUUUGAGCCAAGCUGGAAAGUUUCUAACUAAAGAAAGUCCCAAGGAUCAUAUGUCUUCAUUUUGGUUUUUUUUUCUUUUUGGAGACAGUCUCACUCUAUCAACCAGGCUAGAGUGCAGUGGUACAAUCUGGGACUCACUGCAACAUCUGACUCCCAAGUUCAAGCAGUCGUCAUGCUUCAGCCUCCUGGGUAGCUGAGAUUACAGGCAUGCACCACCACGCCUGGCUAAUUUUUGUAUUUGAGUAGAGAAGGGGUUUCACCAUGUUGUCCAGGCUGGUCUCGAACUCCUGACCUCAAGUGAUUCACCCGCCUCAACCUCCCAAAGUUCUGGGGUUAUAAGCGUGAGCGACAACGCCUGGCCAGAAAUCAUAUGUCUUCAAUAGAAAAGGGAACACAUCUUAGAAUGCUGAGAGAAAGUAAGAAUGAUUAAUUUUGCCUCAUUUGCCAAACUUUCUGGAUUUCUUAGAGCUCCAUUUCUUCUUAACCUGAGGGCACUGCUUCUGUCUCUGAGGAGAUAGAAGUGCAGCUUCAGUGAAUCUCAGUGUGUGAGCUGCCUGGAAUCAGGGCCCCUUCAUGGGAGUGGCCACUACAUGGGGAUCACGCUGCAGCUUUCUGAGACCUCUCUGGGAACCAGGAACCACACAAUCCCCAGGGUUCCUGAGACCCCAGGCCUAAACCUGAGACUUCCUCUGCAGCCGAUGUGGUCCUGGACCCAGAUACCGCUCAUCCCGAGCUCUUCCUGUCAGAGGACCGGAGAAGUGUGAGGCGGGGCCCAUUCAGGCAGAGCGUGCAGGACAACCCAGAGAGAUUCGACAGUCAACUUUGUGUCCUGGGCCGGGAGAGCUUCGCCUCUGGGAAACAUUACUGGGAGGUGGAAGUGGAAAACGUGAUGGUGUGGACUGUGGGGGUGUGUAGAGACAGUGUUGAGAGGAAAGGGGAGUUCCUGCUGCUUCCUGAGAAUGGCUUCUGGACCCUGGAGAUGUUUGGAAACCAGUACCGGGCCCUGUCCUCCCCUGAGAGGAUACUCCCUUUGAAGGAGUCCCUUUGCCGGGUGGGCGUCUUCCUGGACUAUGAAGCUGGAGACGUCUCCUUCUACAACAUGAGGGACAGAUCACACAUCUACACAUGCCCCCGUUCAGUCUUCUCCAGGCCUAUGAGGCCCUUCUUCAGGUUAGGGUCUGAUGACAGCCCCAUCUUCAUCUGCCCCGCACUCACAGGAGCCGAUGGGGUCACGGUGCCUGAAGCGGGCCUGACACUUCACAGGGCAGGGACCCACCACAGCCCACAGGAUCAAUUCCCUGGUCUCACAGCCAGGUAGACGAGCCCUGGCCAUCAGCAGCCACCGCACAACGCCCCUGGUGGAAGACACGCCCUCCCUGCUCUGGUCACAUAAGAGAACAUCUUCCAGCUGCCUGUUUCACACCCCCUGCAGGCCUCAGCCCCUGUUCACCUCCUCAGGAGGCUGUGGCUUUAGCAGUUCAUUUCCUUGUAACUGUGGGACGGGAUCCAGGCCUAGGGAGCUAGUUGUUACACAGCUCCCAGCCAGGAAGAAAGUGUGAGAAGCUGAUUGGCAGCGAACCUGCUGUUUAGCAUCAGGGUGACGACAUUGAGCCCAGUAUGCCAGUUGGCACCAGAUGCUGUGGACCUGGAAUGAAGCCAACAGGGUUGGCCAGGAUGUGGGAGAAGAGAGGAAUCCACAUGACCACCGGAGGGUAGAAGGAACCAGAUAUCCAGGUCAGAGCUAGAGGAAGUGGAACCAGAGAGCUGGGAGGGACCAAGGCUGUGAGGGUGGCCGAGUCCCACCAUAACAGCUGAGGGGUCCCAGGAGAUGAUGGCUCAUUUCCACCCAGCCCCAGAGUUUCCAGAGCACACACCCACAGGCCUGGGAUGAAGAUGAAUGAAGAACAUGGACAUGUGGGUGUGGUUGGGCUCAGGGGCCCCUGCAGUAAACAAGGAGUCAGUACUCUGUCCUCGAGUGUGGUUGAGAUUUGAGGUCCUGGUGGAGCAGGGCAGUCCUGGACCAGAUCUACCUCAGCGUUCCGGUUCAGUGGGGGCACCAGUGACUUCACACUUCCUGGGCUCAUGAUGUCUUUAAACACUUUGAAAUGAUGGAGGAUUCCAAAUAGCUUUUUUUUUUAUUUUGGUAGAUAUUUGUUGGUAUAUAUGGCAUUUGAAAUUGAAACUGAGAAAUGUUUUAAUGUAUUUGUUAAUUUAUAUUAAAUAGCAUGAAUAAGCCAAUUAUAGGUUAAUAUAAGUAGAAUGUUUGUGAAAAAAUAAGUAUGGCAUCCAAAGCAAAAUAAAUUCUAUUGAGAAGUGUG